AAAAAAUUAAAUAUAUAUAUAUAUUAUAUAUGGUAAAGCUAAACUAAGUUAAAUAAAGAUACAUUUAUCUCUCACCUACUGUACAAGCUGGAUGGGAAGACGAAUCAUAAAUUUCUGAUUUUGAUGGAUAAAAAGUAUUAGGAAAAGGUGCAUUCGGUAAAGUAAUAAAAGCAGUUCAUUAAAAAACAAAGAUAACAUAUGCCGUAAAAGAAAUAAAUAAAAAAAAUCUCAAAUAAAAUAACAUGAUAGAAUAUAUAACAAAUGAAGUAAAAAUAAUGUAUUCACUAAACCAUCCUUAUAUAGUAAAACUGUACAAUCAUUUCGAAGAUGAUUUUAAUAUCUAUUUAGUUUUGGAAUAUUUAGCCGGUGGUUAAUUAUAUUAAGUUUUAUGGAAAUAACCAGGCCAUUCUUUUGAGGAAAAAAAGGCUGCUAAGUACAUAUAUUAAUUGACAAAAUCCUUGGAUUUGAUUCAUUCUAAAGGAAUCAUGCAUAGAGACAUUAAACCGGAAAAUAUCCUUCUAGAUUUAGAAGGGAAUAUUAAAUUAACUGAUUUUGGUUGGUCGAAUUUCCUAAAGCCGAACGCAAGUGAAUAUAGGACCACUUUUUGUGGAACUCUUGAUUAUUUAGCCCCAGAAAUGCUUUCAGGGGACCAUAAACAUGAUUUUGGGGUUGAUAUUUGGUCUAUAGGGGUCCUUUGUUUUGAAUUAUUAUGUGGGAUAAGUCCUUUUGCACCAAAAACUAAUUAGUAAAAUUAAGAAUAUGUAGAUAAAGCUACUAGAUAGAAUAUUUUAAACGUUUAAUUUGAAUAUCCGAAAGAUUUUCCAACUAUGCCAAAAGAUUUGAUUAAUAAAAUAUUAGUAAAAGAUGCUAAAAAAGAAUUUCUAUAAAAGAAAUUUUAAAUCAUCCAUGGACUAUGUCUUUAAAUUAAGAUUUGAUAGUCCCUUAAAUUGUGAAAUUAAAUAAAACUAUUACUGAUAAAACUUAAAUUUAGUAAGAUGUAUAGACUGUUUUUACUAAUGAAGAGAUUAUAGAUUAUUCACGAUAAGAUAGUAUAAUUAAUAAAGAAUUUAAUGAAAACGAAGUAAAUGUCAAUAAUAAGUCUUUAUAGAAUAUGAGUUAUAUUUCUACAGGUGGAUAAGAUCUGAAAUAAAAAAUCAUUGAAUAACAAUAAUAAUAAAUAUAAAAAUUGAAGGCUGAUAUAAAUAUAGUGGAGAUUUAAAAAUAAAAGAAAGACUAAGAAUGUGAAUCAUUAAAAUAAUAAUUAUAAAAAUUAAAAAAUAGUUAAACUAAUUAUACUUCAAAUGAUUAAAUGUUAGUAGAUAAAUUAAAAGAAAAAGAUGAAAAAUAUAAUUAGUUGGUAAAAGAAUUUAAUUAUUUAAAAGAUAAAUUUACUAUUUUGGAAUAAUAAUAAUAAAAAAAUACACAAGGAUAAGACUUAAGUUUAAUUUAAAAAUUAAAAUAAUAA